AUGUCUCAAAUCACGUUCCGCAUCAACCAGAAGCCGUCCUACAGCGAACGCAUGACCGAGGCGCGCGCAGAGCUCCGCAGGCUCAUCAAGGAGCACCUCUGCCGCAUCACGGGCGACAAAAACGCGAGCAUGGGCUGGAGCCGCAAGUCGUACAUGAAGAACGUCGUGCAGCGGUACCUGGUGCGGAUCGAGGGCUGGCCGCUGAACGAGGUCCCGUUCCGGAACCUGAGCGACGUCUCGAACCUGCCCAAGCUCGAGCUCCUCCUCCGCGGCUGGCGAGAAGGCACGAUCGCCUUCAAGCGGAUCACCGAAGCGCAGUACCAGAGCAUGCUCGCCGACCCGUCGCCCUGGCUGGGUGCCGCCGAUUCCAUAGAGGGUGGCGAGGAGUAG